ACCACCAUUAGAGCAGAAAAUCGGCCGACGAAGACGAGUGAAGUUUUCCAUGGAUGAGAGCAAGAAAAGCAAGCCGCCGAUAGACAGGCUCAGCUCCUUGCCGGACGGCGUCAUCUGCAACAUCCUCUCCUUCUUCCCGACGAAAACCUCCGUCUCGACCAGCGUCCUCGCGAGACGAUGGAGGAAUCUGUGGGCCCACGUCCCCGUCUUAUACUUCGCCGAAAUCGACUUCCGCGGCGCGUCGGACAUCUCGGGGGUAGUUAACGAUGUAUUAGUCGCUCACAAAAGCCCCACCAUAGACACGUUUCGCAUUUACCUCACAGAUAUGUGCGAUGACGAUGAUUUCGAGGAUUGGAUGGUCACCGUCGUCGCCCGCAAGGUCCGCAAUCUCGAUGUUUACCUAGAGACGAGUUUGCCCCAAAUCAUCUUCUCCUGCGAAACCCUAGUCGAUUUGAGCCUCGGCUCGUGCCACAUCCCAGACUCCGGCGACGUGUCCCUGCCCGCCCUUAGGAAGCUUAAACUCGAAUUGGUCAGCUACGAAUCGUACAAAUCCCUCCCGAACCUGCUUUCCGGGUGUCCGGUUCUUGAGGAGUUGGAUAUCGAUAUGGGUUAUGGAGAAAAUCAUUCUAAUGAUUGUGAUGUAGCUUCACUCACUCUUAAGCGUCUCUCAAUCAGUUGUGGCAGUACCGACGAAGACCAUGAUGUGAGUGAGGAUUACAUUUUCGAGGCUCUCCCGUGCGAGUCAAUGCUGGACACGCCUGCCCUUAGGUUUCUCCAAUUGUAUCAUGUUUCGCCUCCGGAGGUCACGGCCCGUGCACUGGCUUCAUUGACCGAAGCAAAAGUUGAUUUUGAUUUGGGAUUACAAAGGGGACCUUCUUCGAGGUCUGUGUUGGAGUUUGUGGGUAAGCUUUGCGGCGUGAGGAGUCUGACAUUGACAACUGGUGAGGAACCAGAGCUUAACAUGACAAAAUAUUUGUUGAGGAACUCGAAAGUCUUGAAGAGUUUGAAAAUAAAGCCCCGAAGCCAGCAGCCUCGUUUGAAGGGAAAGUUUGAAGAGCUCAACAAGGUACUGCUUGAGCGAGGCUAUGAUGCGAAAGGUCUGCAUCUCGCCACCAACGUCACCCCGCUUCGAGAUCCUCUCCCCCUCCAACUCCCUCCUCGCGCCGCCUGCACCGUCCGCCGCUUGCACUGCAAUUCCGACAUAUCAAAUGCUUUCGUCUUCUCUUCCAAAGGUUAUCUCGGAAUCGGUUAUGACGAUGCCAACCCGUGCAAGUCAAUGCUGGACACGCCUGCCCUUAGGUUUCUCCAAUUGUAUAGUGUUUCGCCUCCAGAGGUUACAGACCGUGCACUGGCUUCCUUGACCGAAGCAAAAGUUGAUUUUAGUCGGAGAAGCAGUGGCUUCUCCAAUUGUAUACAAGUGGGACCUUCUUCGAGGUCUGUGCUGGAGUUUGUGGGUAAGUUUUGCUGUGUGCGGCGUCUGACAUUGACAACUGGUUUUGAACCGGAGUUUAACAUGACAAAAUAUAUAUUGAGGAACUCCAAAGUCUUGGAGGGGUUUACAAUACUGCCCCGAAGCCAGAAGCCUCAUUCGAUCGGAAAGAUUGAAGAGCUCUACAAAGUAGUGCUUGAGCGAGGCUUUGAUGCAAGUGAGAUUAACUUCCAUUCAACCACCGUACCACCAUUAGAGCAGAAAAUCGGCCGACGAAGACGAGUGAAGUUUUCCAUGGAUGAGAGCAAGAAAAGCAAGCCGCCGAUAGACAGGCUCAGUUCCUUGCCGGACGGCGUCAUCUGCAACAUCCUCUCCUUCCUCCCGACGAAAACCUCCGUCUCGACCAGCGUCCUCGCGAGACGAUGGAGGAAUCUGUGGGCCCACGUCCCCGUCUUAUACUUCGCCGAAAUCGACUUCCGCGGCGUGUCGGACAUCUCGGGGGUAGUUAACGAUGCGGUAAACGAUGUAUUAGUCGCUCACAAAAGCCCCACCAUAGACACGUUUCGCAUUUACCUAUCAGAUAUGUGCGAUUACGAUGAUUUCGAGGAUUGGAUGGUCACCGUCGUCGACCGCAAGGUCCGCAAUCUCGAUGUUUACCUAGAGACGAGUUUGCCCCAAAUCAUCUUCUCCUGCGAAACCCUAGUCGAUUUGAGCCUCGGCUCGUGCCACAUCCCAGACUCCGGCGACGUGUCCCUGCCCGCCCUUAGGAAGCUUAAACUCGAAUUGGUCAGCUACGAAUCGUACAAAUCCCUCCCGAACCUGCUUUCCGGGUGUCCGGUUCUUGAGGAGUUGGAUAUCGAUAUGGGGUAUGGAGAAAAUCAUUCUAAUGAUUGUGAUGUAGCUUCACUCACUCUUAAGCGUCUCUCAAUCAGUUGUGGCAGUACCGAAGACCAUGAUGUGAGUGAGGAUUACAUUUUCGAGGCUCUCCCGUGCGAGUCAAUGCUGGACACGCCUGCCCUUAGGUUUCUCCAAUUGUAUCAUGUUUCGCCUCCGGAGGUUACGGCCCGUGCACUGGCUUCAUUGACCGAAGCAAAAGUUGAUUUUGAUUUGGGGUUACAAAGGGGACCUUCUUCGAGGUCUGUGUUGGAGUUUGUGGGUAAGCUUUGCGGCGUGAGGAGUCUGACAUUGACAACUGGUGUGGAACCAGAGCUUAACAUGACAAAAUAUUUGUUGAGGAACUCCAAAGUCUUGGAGAGUUUGGAUAUACAGCCCCGAAGCGAGCAGCCUCGUCUGAAGGGAAAGUUUGAAGAGCUCAAC